UUGGUGCAUGGGUCGAUGGUCAUCCAUUGAGCCACACCAGUUGGGUGGCUUUUACACUUUUAAUUGUUAAAUUUUAGCACUUCUUACUUAGUGGAGCUACAAGAUGCCUCAGUUCUAGAAUCAGCCAUUUCUCCAAGGACCUUUGUUCCCUUGUUGGACAAUGGCCUUAGAAGCUGUGCUCUGAGAGCUGUCUUUUGGGUCCUUUCAGCUGACAAAGCAAAAAAAUAGGAGUUUAUCUUAACUCCUGUAUACACUUAUCUAUGCUGUGUGUCACCAUCUGUAUCUGUCACAAGUGAAACUUGAGUUUGUACAGAUCUCCAACUCUAAUCCAUGACCACAUGGACCAUUCUAGCUUCCUUUCCUUGCUCAUCUGGGACUUCCCCCUGCACCAGGGAGAAGCACCUGUUCACUUAGUUGUUCAACCCCAGAGUUGUUCAUCUACACCCCUUGGAGACAGCUGUAUCAGGAAGAAGUUUUGGUAUGAAGGCCCUUCCCUGGGUUCUCACUUGACUUACAAGCCUUCCCAGUUGGAAUUCCUAACAAAGAGCACCUCAAAGCAGACCAGGAAGGAAGACCAUGUGCGCCGGAGGGCCCUGAAUGGCCUCCUCUACAAAGCACUCAGUGAUAUGCUGUGCACCCCUGAAGUGAGCCAGGAGAUCUACGACCUGAAUGUGGAGCUGUCCAAGGUGUCUCUGACCUCAGACUUCUCCGCCUGCCGUGUGUACUGGAGGACGACUGCCUCUGCCGAGCAGAACACGCGCACCCAGGCCGCCCUGCGGAGAAGCGCAGCGCAUGUGAGGCACCUUUUGAUGUCCCAGCAGACUCUGAGGAACGUGCCACCGAUAGUGUUUGUUCAGGACAAAGAACAUGCAGCUCUAGCUGAGGUGGACCGGUUACUGGCAGUGGCUGAUCUUGGGCCCCCCGAUGAAAAAGAAGACCUUCCACAAAGUGGCUUCAGGGACCCUGAGCCCCCAGGUGCCCCAUCGCCAAGUGACACCCUGGGCCCUGCCAUGCACUCGAGUCUGUGUGGGAUUGAUCAUGAGGCACUCAACAAGCAGGUUAUGGAGUACAAGAGGAGGAAGGAGAAAGAGGGCAGGGGUGAGAGCCCAGCAUGGCUAGGACCAGAGCACGUGGCUGAGCUGACAAGGCAAAUGAAAAGGAGGAAGAAGAAGGCCAAGCCUCGUGUGGACGAUGACCUCUCCCCCAAGAACUACUCAUGGAGGUUAGUGAGUGAAGACGAACUGGAUGGUGGCAGGGCCCUUCGCGAGGAACUCACCCCAGGACACAAGGGGGAGCUCUCAGAAGCAGAGCAGGAACUGAAGGCCGAGGGAGGCGGUCACAGAAAGGACUGAAGUGACUGUUAAGGGAUUACGGAGGGAGGGUUGGAGGCAUCAGCUCUGCACCUGCUGGGAAUUCUGCUUUGAGAAGCACAGCCAUUUCUAGUGUUUCACGGGAGAGUCUUUGUAUGCUGCGCAGUGGAGUUGCAGGGUUCUCUCAACCCUGUUCGCUGUCACCGUGGAAAGUACGUAAAAACCUGUAGAUUGAUGACAGUAAGGUUGAUCCUCAU